AUGUUCGAUAAAAUUAAGCAAAAGAUCGAGAAAGCUAAGGGAGCUCUCGAGCACAGCGACGAGAGGGUUUUGGCCUCAAUACCUGAAACUUCAGGUUUGAGCAAGAAGGAUAUCUACAGAAAUCGUUACAACCACGGUGUGAAUCUAGGAGGCUGCUUUAUCCUUGAAAAGUGGAUAUACGAGUCUGUAUUUGACAAGGGCGGCGAUAAUGAGUUUGAUGCCGUGAGCUCUCAAGUGAAUCACUCGUCAGUGGAUGAGGCUGCUAGCAAACUAACCAAGCACUACAAUGAUUAUAUAAGCAAGAUUGAUUGGAAUUGGCUGAAAAACGAGGCUGGUAUCACCUCUUUCAGGAUUCCAAUCGGCUAUUGGCAUGUAGGUAAUGGGCAGCUUCUUGACGAGUUGCCUUUUGAGCCUCUGCGGGAAGUGUACAGCAGGGCAAAACCAUGGGAUAUCUUGAAGAAUCUCAUCAACAAAGCGGCGGAAUAUGAUAUUGGUGUCCUUAUUGACGUUCAUGGCUUGCCAGGUGGUGCUAAUACAGAUAUGCACAGCGGGUGCAAGAAUAGUUCGCCAUCAUUUUUCAAUAAGAGCAAACACAUCGAUAAAAUGGUCAAUGUCGUACUUCCAUUUAUCUGCCGGGAUGCUUGCGUCAACUGUGAGAAUGUAAUUGGGUUGCAAGUCGUUAAUGAGGCGGUCUUUGAUAACAGCGCGCAUGGUCAGAAAAGCUACUACUCGCGUGCUGUGGCUGCUCUGAACCGGAUUGAUCCGGGACUGCCCGUCGUCAUUUCCGAUGGCUGGUGGCCAGAUCAGUGGGCCGACUGGCUCGGGCAGACGAACCUGGCUGCUAAAGUAGUGGUAGAUUCGCAUGUCUACAGAUGCUUCUCUGCCGAGGACAAAGGUAAAGAUGCGAAUCAGAUCAUAAAUCACCUUUCCGAAAGUAUUAGCUGGCCGAGAGACAGGAUAGACUUUGUCGUUGGGGAGUUUUCUUGUGUUCUCGACGAGGAAACCUGGAGGAAGACUGCUGGCAACCGCGACGAGUGGGUACGGAAGUUUGGAAAAGUGCAAACCAGUAAUUUUGCGAAUGUCGCUAGUUGGGGCUGGUUUUUUUGGACUUUGCAAUUCCAAUACGGUGACGGCGGAGAAUGGGGUCUUGUACCUAUGGUCAAAAAGGGGGCAAUUCCUCGUCGGCCACAAGGUUCACCAACAGUCGACGAGAACAGAGUUAAAGAAAUAAUCAAUGAACAUAUAGCCUACUGGAAAGACAAAGGCGGCGAUGCUAUGGAACAUUGGAGGUUCGAAGAUGGAUUGAGGGGGGCCAUAGCCGAUAUCAAUGCUUUCGCUCAAUUCGAUAAUUCUCGGAUAGGCAGAUGGAAAGCCUUGGCUAUGCAGCGCAGAGCGCAGUACAUCUCGCGGAAAGGUGAUAGCAAAUAUAUGUGGGAAUGGGACCAAGGUUUCCAGCGCGCAAUAGACGAGUUUGGUCGCUACUAG